AUGGUUAAUCCCAAAAUCCUUUGUAGCUACAUAAGACAGAGCCCAAGGAACAAAGAUCCCAUCCCACUGCUGCGAACGUCCGAGGAAACGGAAAUCCCUGAUGACAAGGAUAAGGCUGAACAUCUCUCUCAUUUCUUCCGGUCCGUCGUGACAAGUGAAACUGAUUUCUUAUCGCCCACUUGUGAAGAGAAAGAAACGCCUACCCUCGAAGCCGUCUUCUUCGCAGAAAUAAUUUUUCGUAAUGAGUUACUAAACCUAAAAGAAUCGACCUCCCCAGGCCCUGAUGCAAUUCCGGCCAAGCUGCUGAAGGAGCUAGCUUCCGAAAUGCCCAAGCCGUUAGCCUUGAUCUUCCAAGCGUCAUUUGUUGCCGGAUGUCUGCCCUUUGAGUGGAAAUCCGUUACCAUCACCCCGCUUUUUGAGAGUGGAAGUCGUGCGUCUGCAAAUAACUACAGGUCAGUGAUUCUUACCUCCAUCUGUUGCAAAAUCAUGGAGAAGAUCAUUAAGAAGGCCUUGAUGCAGUUCCUCGAGCAGCACCACCUCCUCUCCGAUGCCCAACACGGCUUUCGAAGUGGUAGAUCCUGCCUCACUAAUCUGCUCUUUACGCUCGAACGCAAAACCAAAGCACGCGAUGAAGGCACUGUGGUGCACGCCAUCUACAUCGACUUCAAAAAGGCCUUCAACAGCGUUCCUCACCAACGUCUCUUGUACAAACUGCGCAACGCUGAAAUUCGUGGGCCCCUUCUUGUAUGGAUCCAGAUCUUUUUGGCUGGACGGUCCCAAAGAGUGCAGGUAGGGCGUCAACAGUCCUCAGAGGUAAGCGUGGUGAGUGGCGUCCCACAGGGCUCAGUCUUAGGCCCCACGUUAUUCCUCUUUUUCAUAAAUGACUGCAUCAAGGUCCUGGACUGGGCUGCCAUCCUGUUUACCGACGGCAUAAAAUAG